AUAACAUCCAAUAGCUAUACUUCAUAAAAGCCUAUAAAUAUCCUUCACACAAACACAACAAGCAACUGAAGCAAAGAAGAACAAAAUGAUAUCAUCAACCAUAAAACACUUCUCCUCAUACAUAUCACUUCUCCUAAUCCUAACCACGCAUAACUUCAUCCCUUCACACUCAGAAAAUUGCAAUCCAGAUGACAAAAAAGCCCUUCUCCAAAUCAAGAAACAAUUUGGCAACCCAACACAACUCUCUUCAUGGGAUCCAACCACAGACUGCUGCAACAGCACAUGGCUAGGUGUUACAUGUGACAACUUCACCCCAACAUACCGUGUCACCAUCCUCGAUAUCUUCGACCUCAACCUUCCCAAACCUGUCCACUUUCCACCCUCUAUAACUAACCUCCCUUCCCUUGAAAUCCUCUCUCUCACCCGCAUCCCCAACCUCGUCGGUCCUAUCCCGCUCUCCAUUGCCAACCUCACCACACUUCAGUAUGUCACCAUCAAACAAACCAACAUCUCUGGUGAGAUACCCUACACCCUCUCACAGAUCAAAACACUUGUAACCAUCGGCUUCACUUACAACAAACUCACUGGUCCCCUCCUCGCCUCACUUUCGACUAUCCCAAGUCUCGCUGGAAUUGCCUUUGACGGCAACCAACUCACUGGUGCAAUACCUGAAUCCUACGGCUCAUUCCCGUCAUUCUUUACAGGGUUGCUUCUCUCGCGAAACCGUCUAACAGGGAGGGUUCCGGUGUCACUGGGGAAACUGAACCUUGCUGACUUGGACUUGUCCCGGAACAUGUUGGAGGGUGAUGUUUCGAUGUUUUUUAAGUCAAACAUACUUACUUAUACGAUAUCUUUGGCGAUGAACUCCUUCGCUUUUGAUAUCGGAAAAGUUGGGUUGUCGACGAAUUUAGAAAAGUUGGAUUUGAGGAACAAUAAAAUCUACGGUACGCUACCUGAGGAAUUGGCGAAUCUCCGACAUCUGCACAAGCUGAAUGUGAGCAAUAAUAACCUGUGUGGUCAGAUUCCAAAUUUAAGACUAUUUGAUGAGAGUUGUUAUGCUCAUAAUAAGUGCUUGUGUGGUUCUCCUCUUCCCGCUUGCAAGACUUGAAUUGAGUUAAUGGAUAUCCCACAAAACUAUGUAUGAGUUUUGAAUAAAGAUGGUGGUCUUCAUUUAAACUAUUAAAGAAUAUGGGACCUUAGAACUAGUAAAACAUUUUAAUAAUUAGAUUAUUAUGAUGACUAUGAUAUAUGAAUU